UUUUUUCUUGCUUCACAAUUAAUGGUGAUUGGUUAGCUAAGUUCCCACAGGAAGGGGCCAUGAAUGGAAUGGGGUGGGAGCUUCACACAUCGCAGAAAAGACUCGGAGUACCAAGAAAAUGACACCCCCUGAGUGCAGAGUGGAAUCCCCCUGAGAGUGUGUGCUCACUGAGGAGGAGGCACAUUGGACAUAUAGAGGUAGAGGACUCAAGGACAUCAUGAUGGAGAAGCGGCCGCCCCUCACAUCACCGGAUGGAUCCAGUAACGGAAACCCCCCAGAGAGAUGUCCUCUGUAUUCCCGGGACUCCACACAGGAAGAUCAGGAGGAUCUGGAGAUCCCUCAGGAAGAUCAGGAGGAUCUGGAGAUCCCUCAGGAAGAUCAGGGUGAAAAUCUGAUUAAAGUGGAAGUUAAAGAGGAUCCGGAAGGGUCAUAUGUGACGGAUGAUGAGAUGCUUAAGGAGGAAAUAACCCCACCAGAGAUCAGCACAGAUCCCGAAGACACCAGAGACCCUCAGAGAAACCUCAAGGAUGAGGAGGAGGAAAAAGCAGGACAUCUGGGGAUUAAAGAGGAGAACAUUCUUAUAGGGUUCAGCACAGAUGGAACAAAUGGAGAAUGUCCACCAAGGAGAUGUACCCGUCCUCUCUAUUCCUGGGAUUUCACACAAGAACCUCUGGAGAUCCUCUAUCAUCAGGACGACAAUCAAUUUAAGCGUAAAGUAAAAGAGGAAGCAGAAGAUCCAGAUGUGAGGAGUGAUGGGCCUUGUAAGGGAAAGGACAUCUCUCCAGAGAUCAACACAGAUGGUCGGUACAAGAGAUUGAACAUAGAGAAAUAUGCCACUAGCUCUGCAGAUGAGAAGAUAGAAGCCCGUGACAUCACAUAUGAUUUUUCAGAAGAAAACCCUGUUACUCAAAAUUUACAUUCAGCCCCUCACAAUCCAGAUGUGUCAUCCCAUCCCUCUACAAAUGGCAUGAGUUUUACCAAUCGCCCCCAUCUUGUCACUCAUACAACUCAUAGAGGGGGUGAAACGCGUCUGAGUUUUGAGCGCGAAGAACAUGUCCCCCAGAGGACUUCCACAGCGGUGGAAAGAUAUUCGUGUUCUGAAUGUGGGAAAUGUUUCGCUCAAAAAUGGCUUCUUCAGAGGCAUCAAUCAACGCACAGCAGCAACAAGCCGUUUUCAUGUCCAGAAUGUGGUAAAUCUUUUAUCCAGAAGUCAGACGUUGUCAGACAUCAAAGGACUCACACAGGGGAAAAGCCAUAUCCGUGCUCCGAGUGUGGGAAAAGUUUUUCCUGGAAAUCCAAUCUCAUCACGCAUAAAAAAGUUCAUACGGGGGAGAAGCCCUAUUCAUGCUUGCAGUGUGGGAGAUGUUUCCACCAGAGAGCCCACCUAAUUUCCCAUGAGAGGAGUCACACGGGGGAGAAGCCGUACUCGUGUUCGGAAUGCGGGAGGUGUUUCAAGCAGAGAGUUCAUCUUAUUUCACAUGAAAGGACUCACACAGGAGAGAAGCCGUUUCCCUGCGCAGAAUGCGGGAGAAGUUUUGCCGAAAGAUCCACUCUCGCCAAGCAUCAGAGGUCUCACACGGGGGAAAAGCCGUUUUCAUGUUCCCAAUGCGGGAAACAGUUUUCCCAAAAAUCAAACCUCAUUACUCAUAGAAAAGUCCACACGGGGGCGAAGCCGCAUUCCUGUUCAGAAUGUGGGAAAAGUUUUAGCGAAAGGUCCACUCUUAUCAGUCACGUGAGGACUCACACCUCGGAGAAACCGUUUUCCUGCAAGGAAUGUGGAAAAUGCUUCACCCAGAGAGCCCAUCUCGUUUCGCAUCAGUUGACGCACAGCGGCGAUAAGCAGUUUUCGUGCUCCGAAUGCGGGAAGUGUUUUUUACAGAAAUCGGAUGUCGCCAGGCAUCAGAAGACUCACGGGGGAGAGAAGCCAUAUACGUGUCCCGAAUGCGGGAAAUGUUUUUCCCGGAAAUCAAAUCUUACUACACAUAGGAAAGUUCACACGGGGGAAAGGCCGUAUUCUUGUUCGGAAUGUGGAAAGUGUUUUCGUGCAAGAACAAUUCUGGUUGGGCACAUGAAAACUCAUACACCUGGGAAACUGUUUUCCUGUUCGGAGUGUGGCCGAUGUUUUAAGCAGCAAGCCCAUCUGAUUUCGCAUCAGUUUGCUCACACGGGCAGUGAGCUUUUUGCUUGUCCAAAAUGCUUAAAGUGUUUUUCUUGGAAAAAACAACUUGUCGCUCAUGAGAAGACUCACGCGGGAGGGAAGCCGUAUUAAUUUCAGAAUGUACGGAAAGUUUUGGCAAUCGAUCCAAUCUGGCUACCCAUAAGAGCAUACACUCAACCGAGAAGCCCUUUUCCUGUUCUGAAUGCUACUGAUGUUUUAAAGUGGAGGUCCAGCUGUGUAAAGUCAGAAGCUAUGGUACAAACCCUGUAGCUGCUGACUUUUAACCCCUUAAAGCGGAGUUUCCGGCCACAAUUUCACUU